AUGCUGCUUCCUAAUCACUUCGAGACCAAGAACAAAUUACUAGCCCCAUGCGACUGCAAAGGAACCAUCAAAUACAUUCAUAAAAACUGUUUAAAGCAGUGGGCUAAGCGGACACAAUAAUACAUCGUCAGAUGCUCAAUUUGCUAAUAGAUCUAUGCAAGCAGAGAUUAAAAAAGAAACUUUUAUCAAAUUCUAAUUAAGUUACUAAAGGUUAUUCUGAAGAAGAGAGAAGUAAUCAUGAGAGAUAUAUCAUUCUUUACUUUAGCUUUCUUACUUCUAUUCGGCACAUUCUAUUAUUUAUAUAAGUAUCAGCAAGUUGAGAAAGACUCUCAGGCUUUUAAUAUAGUGCUAACUUUCUUUGUUUCUAGGAUUACAACUCUUGAGAUCAUUAGAGCUUUGAGAAAACGAUUUUCAAAGGUACGCUACUACCUUAAUAAUAUUAUCCAUAAGAAAGUUUAUAUCAAUAAGGACGAACUAUAUGAUUGUGAGAGCAUGGAAUAAAGAAAUGAUUAUGACGAAAUUUCAAAUUUAAAUGGUGCUCUAUUGCCUAAUUCAGUAAAACCUUAGCCAGGUAAACGAAUUGAUCUUGACCCAGAAAAGGAAACCUUUUAGGACUUUAAGGAUAAGUGUAGUGAACAACUUGGGAUAACUUCUAAGCGAAUUUUUAAUGUUUAGGGCAUGCAGAUAAACAUGCUCCCAGACCUGAUCAAUAAUGAAAUCUACUAUGUUACUGAGGGUGAAUAAUAUGUUACUCAUGCUCCUCAAUCCAUUUAAGUAAAACAGCAAAUAAUGUCAAAACAAGUUAAUCAAACUCUGCUUGACAAGACAAACUUAAUUAGAAUAGCUAUUCUUGGAGAGAGUAAAUCAGGAAAGACGUCUAUAGUGUGCCAAUACCUUUUUCAAAAAUUUAAUCCUGAUCACUUGCCAACAAUAGAAGAUAUCUACUCGCACAGAUCGAUGUUUUAAGAUGAAGAAUAUGAAUUGUCAAUACUUGAUACAGCUGGAUGCGAAGAAUACAAGAACGCAAUAAAUGAUGUGAAGAUAAAGGAGAGAGAUGCAUAUGUGAUUGUAAUUGACUUGGCAAAUGAAAAUGCUCUCACUGGGAUAAAUGAUUACUACAGAAAAAUAUAUAACUUUCACGCUUAGAGAGAAGUUACAAUAAUACUUGUUGGCAACUAGACAGAAAAAGAAAGGUCGAUAGAUUUCCGAAGUGCUGAGAAGUUCGCAUAGGAUCGAAGAUCUCCUUAUAUAGAGUGCUGUGCAGCAUCAGGAGAGAAUGUGGAAGAGGUUUUUAAUCUUAUAAUGCUAGAAGUUAAAAAGCAAACUGCUAGAAGAAUCGAAAUAUUUAAUCAUUAUCAAAGUGAUAAAGCAUGCUGUGGGGAAAGCUGCUCAAUUUUCUGA